AUGGAGAAAGAAGACACUUCCCUACUCUCUGGAGACAGUGAUACCUCUUUCCUGGAGGAGUCACCUGUGGAUUCCAGCAGUUCUGAGGAGGAGAAGGAGGAUGCACCCAAGGAGAAUGGACAGGAUCAUGGGGAUCCCUGGGGAGUCAGCCCGAGAGGCACCAGUUUGCCUACAGUCACAGAGCUCUGGCCACAAUUUAGGCAUGGAAAGACUCUUCGUUUCCUCCAACUCUUUGAGUCCCAGAAGACACCUUCCGUGUGGGAGAAGACAAAAAUGAUGACUCCAGUGGCCCCACAGAUUAGCUCUCAAUCGGCUAACUGCUCCCAAGACCAUUACUCAGAAGAGGUGGCCCCAUGGCGUUAUGGCCCUGCCAAGCUUUGGUAUGAUAUGCUGGGUGUCCCUCCCCACGGGAGAGGUUUUGAUUAUGGAUUUCGACUUAAAGAAAAGUCACCAGAGGAGGAAGAGACAAGCCAAAUAGACCACCCCUUGCUGAAGGAUGAAAACUUCCUGAUGGUCAUGCAGAAAUCCUGGGAAGAUGACAUAAUCUGGGAUAACAGAGAUGUCCAAGGGUCCUGCCCUAAUGCCCAGAAAGUAUCUCAGGCAGGGUGGAUUCCCUCCGAAAAUACCAGAUUGCUCAAAACAGGCACCCAUGACCCUUCUCAGCCUGGUGGGUCAAUUUUCAUCCCUGAGAAUGAAGACCUCAUCUAUGGCCAAUGGGAAGACAACAUUAUUUGGGAUGCCCAAGCCAUGCCCAGACCACUCUAUCCUCCAGUCCUGACAUUUGAUGCAGAUGAUGAGAACCUCCUACUGGUUAAAAUCGAGGAGCCUGUGGAAGUAGAGACUGCAGCCCCUGACCCGUUGACCCAAAAGGGGUCUUCUAAGAAGAGUCAAAUCAUGCUAAGAAAUGGCAUCAUGGGAGUGGAUGAGGCUGAGCCAACUCCAAUCCAGCUGAAAGCCAAGGACCCCUGGAACCUGUCCAAUGAUGAAUUUUAUUUCCCCCAGCAUCAUGGCCUCCAGGUUUCCCUCAGCAUCUCUAUAAUCCAGCAUUCAAUACCAGCAGUGAAGCUACACUCCAAACUCUUUCCUACCCACAUGGGAGCUGAGCAACUCCGCCUGUUUCAUCGACCCCAACUCAAACGACUUGACAGAGGGCCCCACCCUGUCCACAGCUUGAUUCAUCACAUCCAAAAGAAAGCCCAGGAACGGCAGAAGGAGCUGAAGGCUUCAGGAGGAGGUCACAUGUUUUUCAUGAAAACAAUCCAGGACUUGAGUGGGCUAGAUGGAGAUCUCAUUCUGGUUGAGUGGAGUGAGGAAAAUCCACCAUUAUUGAACCAGGUUGGAAUGGCCUCCCAGAUCCAGAACUAUUACAAAAGGAAAAUUGGGAAGGACACUGGGCCUCCUGCCUACAAAUAUGGAAACCUUGUGUUCUGUUCAUCCUCACCUUUCCUGGGGAAACUCCAUGCUGGACAGUUCUUGCAGGCUUUGGAGAACAAACUUUUUCGGGCUCCCAUCUACCCACAUCAGAUGGCAGAUACAGACUUUGUGGUUGUGGUGACCAAAGCAGGCUACUUUCUAAGGGAAGUGAAGGAUAUAUUCACUGUUGGGCAGCAGUGCCCACUGAAUGAAGUUCCUGCCCCCAACUCAAAAAUGGCAAAGAAUUACAUUCAUGAAUUUCUCCAGGUGUUUAUAUAUAGGCAGUUUUGGAGAAGCCCUCACAGACCUCGGAGGAUUCGCAUGGAGGACAUCCGAAAGGCCUUCCCCAGACUUGCUGAGAGCAGCAUUCGAAGGAGGCUCACUAAGUGUUCAGAUUUCCAUCGGACAGGAACCUAUUUUAAUUGGUGGGUGCUGAAGGCUGGAUUCCGGUUGCCAAGUGAAGAGGAGCUGAGGGUCAUGUUGACCCCAGAGCAAUGUUGUGCUUUAUAUAGCAUGCUGGCUGCCCAGCAGCGUCUCAAGGAUGCUGGCUAUGGGGAGGUAUCUCUUCUGAACCCAGAGGAGACAAGUGAUGAUGACAUGUGUCUAGAAGAUGAGGUCCAGGGUGCUCCAUGGAACACAACUCGGGCCUUUCUAGCAGCCACCAAGGGGCAGUGUCUACUGGAGGUGAGAGGAGCAGCUGACCCCACAGGCUGUGGGGAGGCCAUUUCCUAUGUCAAACUCAAGCAGAACAAAAUCCGCUUGGAGGGGGAGAGGCUGAUGGGUACUGAUGCAGACCUUCGACGUCUCACCCUGAAGAAAGCCCAGAAGUUGCUGAGGAUAUUUGGGAUCUCAGAGGAGGAGAUUAAGAAGCUCUCUCGCUGGGAGGUGAUUGCAGCUGUCCGAGCCCUGUCUACCAAGGAGCUACAAUCAGGGGCCAAUUCCAGAGCCCUCACCAAAUUUGCACGGGUGUCCCAGUCCUCAGGAGCCGAGCAGCACAGACACUUCCAGCAAGAGGUCCAAAGAAUUUUUGACCUCCAAAACAGGGUCCUGGCUUCUACUGAUGUGCUGUCCACAGAUACAGACAGUAGUAUAUCAGAUGAAGAAAAUGAUCAUAUUAUGGACAAGAUGUGUCAUGAAAUUGAGGACCUUCUGGAGGGUAAGACCAAUCCUGAGAGGCUACAGAGACAGAAGGAAAAGCAAGAGAGUCAGGAACUGCGGCAGCUAAUGCUUGGAGGAGAUGGGGGUGCUCAUCUCCAAGAAAAACGCAAGACAGAGAAGCAGGAUUCUACAGUGCUGCCCAACUGGACUUCUUACUGUGCCUUGUAUCCGAAAUUCCAUUUUCCUCCUUCCACGCCUUUGUACCGGCUGUCCCACAUGGCUGGUAGACUCCCCUUCCUCACCUCCACCUUUCAGAAACCCCAGCUUCCUUCACCGUUCAGAUCAGGGACCACUUUGGCCUUUGCUGAUGUGCCCCCGCCCCCACUCCAUUACCUUGUAUAUAUUUUGUAG